GGCCGCCUUCGGUGCCAUUCUUCAGUUCCAUUCGAAACGCGUCUCCGUUUGGUUGUUGCCGCCGGUUGGUCCGGUCGCCGUGCUGAUCAUUUUGGCCAAGUGAAUGUUUUUCAAUUGUAACCAAAACAAUACCGUCAAGUGGGUGAUAUGUAAGUGAGCCGUGUGGACUAUCCAUCUCUGUCUAUCCGGUCAAAUGCCUCUCUUUCUCUGCAGGGAGCAAGUGCGUUAAAGACAUUUGCCGUCAGGCGGGAUUCGAUUUGAAUUUCGGUGUUCGGUCAACGCUUUUCGGGAUAAUCGUCUUUUUGUCUUUACGUAUGCAAAGCGCGUAAUUUUGCAUUACCGUUGUCUCGUCGCCGCGUCAUAAAAAAGUGACCGCGACACCGCCCCAUACCCCCCUUCCCGCCUAAUCUUUCUGGAAAUAAGAAACAUCGCCCACCUCCCCCCAAAUCAAUUGUGGAAAAUUUCACUUUGGAUCGAAAGCCUUUUUAAUUUUUUUGCAUGGAUUAUCGUGAAACAAAGCUCUAGUGUGCGUACCGGAUCUAGACCCAGUGCACUCGUUUUCCCCAAACCGCGAAUUAAUUUACCAUCCGCCUAAGCAUAUGGUAGCAUUGAGAUUCUUGAGUGUUGAAUUAACAUAAAGCUUUACCCCCCGGCUGGCCUCCAAUUAGAAACUGCCAUAAAUGCAUAAGAACUGUGCGGCAAAGUUAUUUCAAAGACUUCAUAAAGAAUUAUUAAUUUUUUAAUUACGUGAAGCCAAGGUCAUUGGCUGAUAAAAUGCAAUAUUUUCCAGAAGUUUUCCCUCUCACCUGCCCAAGCCACUGAAACAACAAAAGACAAGUAGAAAUUACAGCCACAAACUAAUCAAAGAAAAAAUCACAUAAAAAAUUAAAAAAAUUUUAUAUUUAAGAAAAAAACAGCCAAUGCAAACAUACAAAAAAGUGAACCUCCAGCCCAAGAUAUAUUAUAUGCUUUCGUGUUUAUAUAGCAAAGACAGAUUCAAGGUGAAUGUUGCCAUUAUUUUUUGACAGAGCGCUCGAGAGCAACAAGUGAAAAUUUAUUGGGAAGUUUUUUGUUCGCGUGCUGGAGGAGCACAAAAAAAACAAACGAAACUUGGCAAAACCACCGCGGAAUAAAUGUCAUUAAAAAGUAUAAACAUUCAAAAACAGUUUAAGAUGUACAAAUAAAUAAUCAAUGACUAAUUGGGGUAAAAAAAAAAUAAAUAAAAACUUGCGGUCUGUCGGUAGAGAGAUUUCCAGAAAGAUUUAUAUCACGUACAUUUGUUUUAAAAAUUUCUAAGAAUACCUUCUUAUCAUUGGAUCAGGAGUUCUGUACCAUGUAGAAAAAAAACCUUUUAACGCCGGCGAACAUACCAAUGUCAUUAACCAUUUUGAGAACUUAGCCUACUCACACACAAUUCUAGUUAUCCAUCAUACGCACCGUUGGCGUUUUAGCCUUGAACUUUUCCAUUUAGAAGAGCGAACAAAUAAGCGCUGAAAAAGCCAACAAAGAGAAAGAAAUCACAUUAUUAUUAAUUAUAUUUUAACGGUAAGCGGGCUGUUCGCUAAAUGUUUUGAAUGCCUUUCAGUAGAAACCCGUCCGACAGCAUCACAAAAAAAUACAAAAUUCCCCCGUCUUGACUAAAAAGUUUUGUCAGCAAAUUUAUCCAAAAAAUAAAAGCCAAAAACAACAAAAUGCAAAUACUGGACAACAAAUAAUUUAUCGAUAAUUUACAAAACGCUAAAAGCAAAACAAAAAGCUAAAAAAACAUAUAUUAAUAAGAAACCAGUCAAAUUGCAAAUUACAAACCAACAACCAUUUUGGAUAAGGUUUUUACGAGAGUAACGAAAAUGUCUGGCAAGAUGAAGCCGGCGUCGCUGGUACGCAGACGCAGCAGCUUCUUUUUCUUCGUCACCAUCUGCUGCGGCUUCUUCGGCUCGGAGUUCGUCAGCGCACAAGAUACUUCCAGCUACUACUUUCCAUCGCAAAACCGAUUUGUGCCAUCGUCCGGUUCCUUCCCGCGCCAGCAGCCCCAGUCACUAGGCGGAUUCCGUGCCAGUACCGGAGGAUUCUCACCAGCUCCGGGAUCCUACCAGGAGCAGCUCCUCUUCAUAGCCAAUGAGAAUGCCAAGCAGACGCCUUCCGCUGGCAAUUCGCCAUUUGGCGGUUCCUUUGGAGGCAGUUCCUCCCAAUUUGCGAAACCCAAUCGCCAGUCGGACUAUUACGAUAUCUCGCCACGCCCCUUUGGGGUGCCCGCAGGGGCGGGACCGGCGGCAUCGGCUGGAUCAUCGGGAGCAGCAUCUCUGGGCAAUGGUGCAACGUCCGCAUCGGUGACCAAUGGCUUCACACGCUCCAAGGCGAUACGCAACGGACCGGUGGGGGGAUCGGGAAAUAGCCUGACCGGUGGAUUCCAGCCCCAGACGCAGCGCAUCAAUGUGCCCCAUCAGCAGACGCAAUUUCUGGCCCACUUUAAUGAGAAUGGGAAUGAAAAGCGUCCAACGUCCAGCAGUCGGCCAUUUGGCAAUGGUGGCUUCUCCCCCAGUCGCACCCGUACCCAGGCUCCCGUUUCUGCAGUGCCGGAAUCCCCCGCCACUCCGGCAGCCACGCCCUUUAGGCCUCGAAAUCGCUACCAGCCUAACAGCGCCACGUCAUCCACCACAACCACAACCACCGGCAGCAGUGCCGAGGUGAGCAGCAAGCGGUACAAUCGCUUUGGCAGCAGCCGGGUCAAGUCCACCACCAGCACCACAUCCACCACCCAGAACACACCGGCGGAGCGUCCCAGUUUCGGAAGGAAUAAGCCUAAUCCCCGGCGUCCAGUGGUCAUCAGUCGCGAGGUCAACGAGCCGGUAAGCACGGUCAGCAGGAAGCCCUUCAACUACAGUGCCGCCCGGCUAAAACUGCCCGCCCGACCCACUGCCCGGACCACCAGCACCACCGAGAGUGCCGAGGUGGAGGAGGAGGACGAAGAGGAGAACCCCGACGGUGAGCAGGAGGAUGAGGAUGCGGAGAACAGCGACGAGCAGUACGAGGAAAGUUACGAGGGACCCGAGGAUCACUCCGAAUCCUCCAGCUUGGAGAAGCUUCCGCUGCAGGAGGAGAACGUUACCCCACUGUCGGUGGCGAAGAAUGAAGCGGAUCACUCCGAGAAACCUGCCACUCUGACCACGAAUCCAGUGAUUGAUCACGAGAGUAGCACCGCCAGCACGGAAGAGAGUCAGACAGAUGCCUCCGAGGUCACCAGCGGCGAGAUCGAUGCCACCACCCUUGAACCAGACAACGUGGAAGACGUGGCCACCACCCUGCUUCCGCAGGAGGAUCUCCAGUCCACCGAGGAAGCUCACGUGGAGGAACAGACCGUCACUACUGAGCCACCUCUGGAAAAUACUUCCGAAAACAUUAAAUCUAUAGAGAAUACAUCUCAGCAGGAGGAGCUGGUUCCAGCCAAGCAACUGGACAAGCAGGAGGAGAAGCCAACCUCUUCCAAACAGGAGGAGCAAUCCGAAUCAGAGUACGACGACGAAGGAUCCCGCGGAGAAAGUGAUGGCGAGGAGUACGAGUACGAGGACGAGGAGGGCAGCGAAGAUGCCACCAGUGAGGCCGAUAGCCAGGACUCGAAACACUCCACUCCCAGUGCAGAGCAGGAUGAGGAGCGCGAGAUCAUCUCCGUAGUGACCACGAAGAGCGUGGUGAACGGAUCCACAGUCCUCCCAGCUCCAGUCACCCCAAGUUCCAACUCGAUAACCGAAGAGGAGGAGGUGCAAUCUCCGGGAGAACUAAAGCAAGACGAGACCACACCACUACCCAGCGAGGAGGAGAAGGGAACCAACGCCACCGAGAACUAUGUGGUGGUGGCCUCCAUCCAACCCAGCCGAAGCAUCAACGGUGCACGUUUCCUGCCCUUCGACGGAAUCGAGCAGGAGGAGACCAAGCAGACCCUCUCCGAGCUGGAGCGCAAGGUGCACUCCAAGCAGCAGCCGACUCCCUCACAGAAGCCAUCCUCCGACGGCAGCGAAGAGCAGGUGGCCAGCUCAUCUGUCCAGCCCCCAGUGGCCGCUUCGACGGAGAGCAUCAUCGACAAACUGGAUCGAGUUCAGUCGGAGCUGUCCAGUGGCCUGCUAUCCGGAAAGUAUCCCAUAAUCAGCCAGAUGGAUUCCUCCACACCCGCCACCAGCACCACAACCGGCACAGGCACUGGCAAAUUCGUGCCCCACAUCCGGAAAUUCCAGCCCAGGACGACCUCCACCCCCAGCACCACCAAGGCUCUGAAGGUCCAGCACUUUGACGAAGGAGAGAUGGAUGAACUGGCCGGCCUGCUGCCAGUGGGCUUCAAGCCCAAGGCCAGCUACAAGAACCGCAAGAUCACCACCACCACCACCACCACGGAAGCACCUCCGUCCACCGUAGAGCAACCGAAAUUCAAACCAGGGCGGAAUUCCACCAUCAGCAGAUCUUUCAAGAGCGGUCAGGUGACCGUGCAGGAUGUGGCUCUGGCGGGUCUCCUGCCCAAGGGCUACAAGCCGCCAAGGACAACGACCACGACCACCACCAAGAAACCAGAGGAGAUCAGCCCCAAGCCAUCGUCCAGUCUGGAGAGUCUUUUCAGCGAAGUGAAGUUCGACGAUAGCCUGGCGGCUCUGCUGCCCAAGGACUACAAGGUGGGCAGUACUCCCAAGCCGGAUAUCUCCGUUGUAGACGACAUUUCCAAGUUCCUGCCGCCUGGCUACAAGACGAAUACCACAUCGCAGCCAAGUACCUCGACCACUCCGAGGAACCUGCCCGUGGCAGUGCCGUUCGACGAUCUCAGCAAGUUCCUGCCUCCGGGCUACAAGGCGCCCAAGGAGAAGGCGGAGGAGCCCAAGUUGCCGGAGGGAGUGACACCCAUUAAGCUGGACGACUUAAGUGGCCUGCUGCCGCCAGGAUUCAAGCUGAAUGCCACCACCAAACCAGAAGCUAGCGACGCCAGUGAUGAGAUACCAGCUUCGCUGCUUCCACCUGGAUACAAGUCCAAGAAACUCCAUCCGGCCUCGACCUCCACCACCACAACAACCACCAGCAAACCCAAGCCGGGCCCGUCCAGCACCACCGAAGCAACAGGAUCUACAGAAGGCGGUGGCUUCAAGGUGGUCUUCCCGAAGGGCUUCCACAAGCGAGUCGGUGCCCAUCGCCUCACCACUCCGCAUCCCACCCAGGAGGGUGGAGCUUCUGAAGCGAAUCCUAACGCCUCGCCUCCGGUGGUGAUCAAGAAGGGCCCACCGACCAGGGCCACCACAGAAUUCACGGGAUGGCCAACUCCACCAACUACCCCGCUGUCUGUCGACAAACUAAAUGCCCAGACCAUUAACUUCGAGGACCUUCUGACCGCCAGCGGAACCAGCAGCACCACCACCACUACGACCACGACGACAACAACCACAACGACAACGCCGCGACCCACCAAGCCAGGUCACUGCACCUCCGACUGCGACCUGGCGGCCACCAUCAAGAUCAUCGACGGCGUGGCCUGGAAGCCGGAGUUGCUGGACCACAACACGCUGGAGUGGAAGAAUCUGGCCCACGAGCUAGAGGCACAGCUCAACGAGGUCUAUUCCAAGGCCCCGCAGCUAAGCAAUUGGUACAAAAAGGUGCGGAUUGACAGCUUCAGCAAGGGCAGCGUCCUGGUCGACUACUACGUGGAGCUGGCCAACAUAAACGAGGAUGUGGACACUCUGGAGAUCCGGCAGUUGUUCCAUGAUGCCCUCACCAAGCCGGCAACUCCCGCUGUGCCCGACAAGGAUGCCCAGGAAAAUGAAACGGACAGCGUGUCGGGACCGCAGGAGGAGCAGCUAGUCACGGCCAGCUACCAGAUGGGCAAGUUCCUCAUCGAUCCGGUGGCCACCGAUUUCAGUGUCAUAGCCAAAAAUGUCCAUACGAAUGUGGAAGUAGCCGAGGAGGAUCUGUUGAUACCCCAAUGGGCCAUUGUCGUGAUUGUGAUUGGAGUGGGUUCCCUGGUCUUUGUCAUCAUCUUUGGUGUCACAGUGCUCCUUAAUCGUCAGAAGAGGGCCAAGAAGGCACCAAUUCCUCUGACCAACGACAUGCUGAACGAGCUGAAGGUAAACCACAUGGGUGGCGUGGAUAACUACGGAGUGGACGACUUCUAUAACAUUGAUGAUCCUUGGAAUGAUACCAAGCAGCCCAUUAAGCCAAAACGCUUCACCAACUCGAUGCAUGGAAGCAACAGCUCCAACAUCUACGACAGCUGGCGCUCCACCCGCCAUCCGCACACCAGCGGCGACUACUUCUAUGACCAGCAGCCAACCUACUCCACAAAGGGUGACUCCCUGAAGCGGCCGCACCACCACCACAACAACCACAGCCAGUAUCCCGCCCACCAUCACCACCAGCAGCCCCAGCAGGCGUACGGACACCAGUAUCCGGAUGCCUUCGCCGAUGCCCACCAAAUGUACAGUUACAACAACCAUGCGAGUCGGACGCGCUACUCCCGCGACUACGAUCCCGACUUUUGAAAAGGGGGGCGAGGGUAUAUGAGAUCCGAAACCCACCCACCCAGACUGGACCAUAAAGAUCCAUCCGUGCACUAGCUUUAGAACGAUUUUGAGUUGUAACUUAAUAGCGUAAAGGAUCGUAGUUGUAGUGCUGCUGUAAUUUAUCGUACUGCCUGCUGGCUUGGCUCAAAAGUCCAUCCACUUUUCCGCAUCCACAGCCAGCCGUAGCUAAACUAAGUUAAGAUAUCUUCCGAGAACCCAAUGGAGCUACUACAUAUACAUAUCUGUGUAUGUAUCUGGAUGCGUUACACGUUUACUUAAUCUACGGAUAAAGAGAGUAUAUUUUCUUAAUAGAACUUAGGGGUGUGCCCGUAUGCAUGACCCCAGAAAAAUAAAUAGUCAUGCACUCUUAGUUAAUCCUAGCCACUAAGCUAUAACUAGAUACACUACAUGUAUACUUUGUAUUAUUUAAAGUACUGGCGUCUUGCUAUAACACUAAUAUUGUCUAUAUUACGGCAAGUAAAUAAAAAAUAAUAUAAUACAA